GCAACAAUCCUAAAGGGGCAAAGUGGGUCAUUAUGAAAUUGAUAAAAGAAGUUGCCGCCAAAUCAAGAGGUGACUCCUUUCUCAAGAAAAAUCCAACAAACACGCCUAAAUUACCCAGUUUCUUCAAUACAGCAACCAAGUGACCAAACUGCCAACAGAAGCGAGAUACAGAAAAUUGAGUCCAAUGCAACACUCCGAUUAGCUGCCAACAAUUUUUCCAUCAAAAUUUCAUUUAUUCUCAAUUUCUUCUUUAAAACCCUAUUCAAUCGAUUCAAAAAUUAGUAGUUUGGUGAUCAAUGUUUAGGUCAGCUUUUCUCUCUCUUCGAGGACGCUCGAAGCCCGUUAAUCUUCUUCAACGGUUUGAUCCAUCAAAACGGUGCCCGUGUCGUCGUGGUUAUGCUAAAUCAACGAGACAGUCAUCUGAAAGAUCAAAUAGCCAUGAAUUACAGUUGGAGAUGCAUCCAAGUACCAAGACUACUAAUUAUAAGCCAUUGAUGGCUCUUGCUAUUCCUGUUGCUUUGCUUGGACUGGCUGGUUAUGCUCGUUACAAUGAUGAGAAAAGAGCUAUCCAGAAAGGUGAAGGAUCAAGGGAAGGAAUGACUGUCAAGGGGCCUAUUAUUGGUGGUCCUUUUGAGUUGAUUAAUACUGAUCACCAAAUAGUUACUGAGCGGGAUCUUCAUGGACAUUGGGUACUCUUAUACUUUGGUUAUACAUCAUCACCUGAUAUUGGGCCAGAGGAAGUGCAGAAAAUGGCAAAGGCCAUUGACAUUUUAGAGUCAAAACAUAAUGUUAAGCUUCUACCUGUUUUUGUCACAAUUGAUCCCCAGCGUGACUCUCCUCAACAGCUAAAAACGUAUCUUAGAGAGUUUGAUCCAAGAAUAGUGGGGUUAACUGGAUCUGUUAACUCUAUAAGGCAAAUAGCACAAGAAUAUCGGGUUUUUUUUAAGAAGGUUGAAGAGGAUGGGAGUGACUAUCUGAUUGAAUCAUCCCAUAAUAUGUACUUGAUAAGCCCAAAUAUGGAAAUAAUGAGAUGUUUUGGGGUAGAAUAUAAUGCUACAGUGCUGGCAGAUGCUAUAGGCAAAGAGUUGUAGAAGCAAUCUGGAUCUUCCUAGAGGAUGCAAAAGAUCCCAUUUGUGAUGGAAUCAAGUAUUUUGGAUAUCUCAGGCUCGUAGUUAGGUGGAGGAUACACGACGCCAACUUACUUUCUGAUUUUUAGCUUCUUGGAAACUUCUCAGAUUAGACCUACUUUGGAGGACAUGGCUCAGUCUUAUGGAUUGUGUGUUCCUGCUAUCUGGAUUUUAAUACUGAUUGUUACCCAAGCUUACUUUUUUUAUUUUGCCAUUUCAUUAACGUAGGUUGAGCUUUGAAUAAGUAGCCUAAGACAAAUCAAAUGUGAUUUGAUUUGGUAUAAUAUUAUAGAGAACUACCCUUUACGUCGUCAUUGACUCAAUUGUAGAGUUUUUUAAUCCUCUUGGUUUUACCAAUUUUUGUUUAUUCACUCACUUGACUACUCUCUAGUCUUUAUCAGAUGGAGUAA